AUGGCCUCAUAUGCAGAUGGCAACAAAGAUCUUGAUUCGGGUACAAAGUCAGGUGCGUUCGGGGUCAAGUCAAUCGACUCGGAAGCAACAUCCAUUGCGAGCUCAUUGUAUGCACCUAUUAAGUCAUACGAGGGGUUCCAUCGCUAUGAUCCGCGGGCAGUCUGGAGUGCAGCAGAGGAGACGAAGCUGCGCUGGACUAUUGACCUUCGCAUCUGCAGCAUAGCUUGCUUGCUCUUCUGGUGUCUACAACUCGACCGUGGCAACAUUCGACAAGCUCUGUCUGACAAUUUUCUCAAAGAUCUAGGGCUCAAUACAAACGACUACAACACCGGACAGACCAUCUUCUACUCGUGCUUCAUGCUUGCUGAGCUGCCAUCUCAGCUCAUCUCGAAGCGUCUUGGUGCUGAUGUAUGGAUUCCAAUCCAAGUAUUCAUGUGGUCUAUGGUGACCUUCACACAGUAUUGGCUCAAUGGUAAAGCGACCUUCUUCAUUACGCGAGCUUUGAUUGGAUUGCUUGAAGGUGGCUUCAUCCCAGACAUGGUGCUUUACCUCUCGUACUGGUACAAGAAUAGCGAAUUGCCACUCCGUCUCUCCUUCUUCUGGGUCGCGAACAGCUGUGCGGAUAUUUCAGGUGCGUUCCUUGCUUAUGGUCUCUUGCGCUUGCGGGGACACAGGGGCCAAGCUGGCUGGCGCUACCUCUUCAUGAUUGAAGGCAGUAUCACUGCUAUCAUUGGUGUCUUGGCCUUUUUCUGGUUACCACCAUCGCCUACACAGACCAAAGCUCCAUGGCGACCAAAAGGUUGGUUCUCUGAGCACGAAGAGACGAUUCUUGUCAAUCGUGUCUUGCGUGACGAUCCGACCAAGGGCGAUAUGCACAAUCGGGAAGGUCUUUCUUUGAGACGCAUUUGGGAGUGUCUCAAGGACCGCGAUCUCUGGCCAAUCUACUUUUUGGGUCUGAUUCUGUACAUUCCGCCACAACCUCCAGCAGCAUACCUCACGCUUGCCCUGAAAAGCCUUGGCUUUGAUACCUUCCAAACCAACCUAUUGACGAUUCCCAGUACUGUCCUACACAUUAUUCUCCUUGUUCUCAUUACCUGGGCGGCUGCCAAGUACAACAAUCGCGCGUGGUUCACUGUUCUUGCUCCAAUCUGGUGUCUUGUCUUUCUGGUUGCGCUGUACAAUCAGUCUGGAAGUUCUAUUUCACGCUGGGUCAAGUUUGCGCUAUCGUCGCUCAUUAUUGGCUACCCAUACGUACAUGCCAUCUGCGUGGCGUGGACGUGCCAGAAUGCCGGGUCUGUUGGCAAUCGUGCUGUGGCAAGUGCAGUCUACAACAUCUUCGUUCAAGGAGGAUCGCUCGUUGCUCUCAAUAUCUACAGAGCAGAUGAUGCUCCCAAGUAUCCCAUGGGUAACGCGGCACUCAUGGCUAUUGCCGUGCUAGCCAUCUUUUCGGUCAUUGCAACAAGGUUCUACUACAAGUACCGCAACGAGCAAAAGGAAAAGAUUUGGCAAUCAUACACAGAGGACGAACGCAUGGCCUUGGCAAGCAUCAGACGGGACACGGGCAACAAGAGGUUAGAUUUUAGAUUUGUUUAUUGAUGACAGGCAGGACACUAGCAAUGACCUUUAGAUUUAGAUUUUACUGAUGUGUAGACUACCGCAAUAGUGCUGACUGAGAUGAGGUUGAGGAUGAAAUACUUGUCGCUGGAUUCACCCGUAUAGUUGGGGUUGAGGAUGAAAUACUAGUCGCCGAAUUCACCUGUAUAGUUGAGGAUAGAGUCAGGCAGGAACCAUGUGCCUGCAAACAAUGCAGCUGACCAAAUUAAGCAGAACCAGACGGGAAGAUCACCGAGAACGGUGCGCCAGGUGUGAACAGUCUUCCUCGCUGAUUCUUUGGGGCUGGCAACGCCCUUUUCGUCAUAGGUGAUGAGUUCGUGUCGCUGAGGGCAGUCGGGAGGGAAGAGCAUGUAUCCGAUAGGCACAAAGAAUGCAGCCGUGAGGAUGAACCAUGCUGGAGGUGGCCA